UGCGCGGGAGGGGGGGAAGGGAAGGAAGAAACCACCCAGCAACGAGCGCCCGAGGUUGCUUUCCCCACCCGCUGGUGGCUGGUCGAGGCCACAGGAACUGCUUCCGGGAGUGAUGUGGAAGGUUGGAAGGUUGACUUAAAGAGAGGAGUAGCAAAGUGCAAUGGUAUUCGGGAUUACUGUGUUUUAGUAGGACCCUGAAGUCUGAGGUGCAAUUGCUCGGUUUGCAAGAACAUUUUGGAAUAUGUGGAAUGUAAUCUGAAGCAGGCUUGAGGAUCAGUCUGGAUUUCUUCCUUACCCUUUCCUAUCUUACUUGGCUAAGCUGGUGUUUACAUAAUACAGUUUUCCCAUUUUGUGAACUUUUUUGUAUCAAAGAAAAACUUUUUCUGAAGCACUUCUAUAUGUCGACUCUCCACGAUGACUUAUAUGAGAAUGCUACGGCGCUUCAUAAUGAAACAGUUUUCCCAGAAGAAACUUUGGAAGUUUACCUUCGUUAUUUUUGUCUUCUUAAUAUUUUUGGUUUUGUUACAACGAGAAGUAGGUGUUCAAGAAUUUAAUGAGGAACCAGGAAUGCCGUCUCAUGAUGAAAAGAAAACUGUAUUAGAUCUAGUGUUAAAUGCCGUGAACAACAUUAAAGCUGCAAAACCAAAAAUGCAAAUUAAAGCACCUCUUAGGCAGACUCAUAAUGCUGAACAGAAGCAUUGUUUACCAGGAUAUUACACAGCUGCUGAACUGACUCCUUACCUUGAGCGUCCCCCUCAGGAUCCUAAUACUCCAGGGGCUUCUGGUAAAGCAUUUAAAAUGAUCAGUUUAAGCUCAGAUGAACGGAAAGAGAAAGAGCAUGGCGAAGAAAAGCAUUGUUUUAAUGCAUUUGCAAGUGAUAGGAUUUCUCUACAUCGAGAUCUAGGACCAGACACACGACCUCCUGAAUGUAUUGAACAGAAAUUUAAGCGCUGUCCUCCACUGCCUACUACAAGUGUUAUCAUAGUGUUUCACAAUGAAGCAUGGUCAACUCUUCUGAGAACAGUUUAUAGUGUGAUGCAUACUUCCCCUGCAAUAUUAUUGAAGGAAAUAAUUUUGGUAGAUGAUGCCAGUGUAGAUGACUACUUGAAAGAUAAACUAGAUGAUUACGUGAAACAAUUCCAAAUAGUUAAAGUUGUCCGACAAAAGGAAAGAAAGGGCCUUAUCACUGCUCGGCUGUUAGGUGCUUCAGUAGCUACUGGAGAAACCCUGACUUUUUUGGAUGCACACUGUGAGUGCUUUUAUGGAUGGCUAGAACCUUUACUAGCCAGAAUAGCUGAAAAUUAUACUUGUGUUGUAAGCCCUGAUAUUUCAUCUAUUGACCUCAAUACUUUUGAGUUUAAUAAGCCUUCUCCUUAUGGUCAAAACCACAACAGGGGAAAUUUUGACUGGAGUUUAUCCUUUGGCUGGGAAUCUCUCCCAGAACAUGAAAACAAAAAAAGGAAAGAUGAAACCUAUCCUAUUAAGACACCAACUUUUGCAGGAGGUCUCUUUUCAAUAUCAAAGGACUAUUUUUAUAGAAUUGGAAGCUAUGAUGAAGAAAUGGAAAUAUGGGGAGGAGAAAAUCUAGAAAUGUCUUUCCGAGUGUGGCAGUGUGGGGGGCAGUUGGAAAUUAUACCUUGCUCAGUUGUGGGUCAUGUGUUUCGCAGCAAGAGCCCCCAUACCUUUCCAAAAGGGACUCAAGUGAUUACCAGGAAUCAAGUUCGCCUUGCAGAAGUAUGGAUGGACGAAUAUAAAUAUAUAUUUUAUCGGAGAAACACAGAAGCAACAAAAAUUGUUAAACAAAAAACAUUUGGCAAUCUCUCAAAAAGAUACGAGUUAAGACAACAAUUACAAUGUAAAAAUUUUACCUGGUACCUAAGCAAUGUUUUCCCUGAAGCCUAUGUACCAGAUUUGAAUCCUGUGUUACAUGGAUUUCUAAAAAAUGUUGGAAGAAGAGCAUGUUUGGAUGUUGGAGAAAAUAAUUCAGGCGGCAAGCCACUAAUAAUGUAUACCUGUCAUGGGCUUGGAGGAAACCAGUAUUUUGAGUACACUGCACACCAUGAAAUUAGACACAAUAUUCAGAAGGAGCUAUGCCUACAUAGUUCUCAAGGAGUAGCACAACUUCAUGAAUGCGGUUUCAAAGGAAAGAAUAGCAGGACUCCUGAAGAAGAGAAAUGGGAGCUUCGAAAGGAUCAGUUGUUGUAUAAUGCAGCAUCUAAUAUGUGCCUUACGGGAAACAGAGAACAUCCAAGUAUGGUAUCAUGUAAUCCCACAGACUUAUUUCAGAAAUGGAUUUUUGGCCAUGAAAAUUAGGUACUGCUAAUGAUAAUGAAACCAAAAAAUUAGAAUUACAAUAGUUCUUCCAAGAUUUAACUGAUUUAACUUACGUUGAAUCAAUUGAAUUAUAAAACAUUUCUAAG